AUGCUUCUCAGGAAGAGGCUAGAUUUCGUGGAGCAUCCUCCUCUUCGCGAUCCACCAGUGCAUCAUUUUGAGGUUCAGUCAAAGAAGUACUCUAAGACCGCCAAAAAUGAUAUUUCCGUGAUAGGAGGCAAUCAAGACGAUAAUAGAUUGGGGAAGAAUGAUGAAGCAGUGCAAAGGGUUAAUAUCGGUUCUUUACUAAGGGGAAAUCAAAGUCAUUACUUGAUGGAUAAGUGGUUUGUUUCAUCUACUGAUGAACCACUCAACUCUCAAAUCCACCAGCGAGCCAGUAUUGAAGAUCCAAACCCUAGAAGUUAUCUUCCGUACCAAGGAAGUAGUAGCAACGGAAACCCUAAUCUGGAGAUGGAUCUGAUUGGUCCACCGGUGAUGAAUUUCAGUGAUUUGCUUGGGUCAGUCUCUCAACCAUUACAGCAUCAUCAUAUCGUGAGCAAUAAUCCAAUAAUGGAUAUGAGUCAACCAAGGCAAUACCCUUUUGAUUUCAUGAGCCGUGGGCUUGGAAUGAAAGAGGAAGGAAGCAACGUCAACAAUGAUGAUCCAUAA